UUGUAUAGUUGACCACAUGAAUUUGCGCUCGUCGGUGUUUACAUUAUGUGCUGCCGUAAUCAGUGGCCCGGCCUGUAUCUUUGCGUUAUAGACUGAGUGGUGCGGCGCGCGUGGUUUCGCUGUGGCAUGGCGGAGCAGCCGUCGUUCAGGAAGCGAAAUUAGAACCCCAGGCGAGAGCAGCUCCCGAUGUGUGAAGGGAAAAGUGCAAAUAUCGCAACUUGCAAGUUUUUUUUCUUUUAAAAAGCCAAAACAGUAUCGUUCGGGGCCGGACAGAUCGAUCCGCGAUGUCUGGCGCCACAGUGAACUCCGGCGCCGGCGAGAAGCCCCAGUCCGCCUUCAGCGCCGUCGUCAGGAAGAGCUUCUCGUCCUUCUCGGUGGACUCCAUCCUGAGCGGCGGCGGCGGCGGCGAGUCCCGCUCCGCCAGACACGCAGACGAAGGCCCCGACGGCGAGCACAGAAGUCCCCUGAGCUUCCCGGGCACCGCGCACACGGCCGAGUUCCUUCUGCGGGAGGAGCGGGGCGGCGGCGGCGGCGGCGGCGAGGCGUGCAAGAAGGACCGCGAGGGCAGCGAGCACACGGCGCCGUCGUCGCCCGGCUGCGAGGACGACGAGCGCGACGAGGAGGACAUCCACGUGGACACGGACCCCGAGGACGAGAAGGAGCGCGACGCCGCCGAGCGCCUGCACGCGGCGGCGCAGCCCGUGAUCAGACCCACCGCCCUGGGGCCGCUGCAGGACCCGCGGCUGACGGGCCUCGGGCACCCGGGGCCGCCGCCCCCGCACACCCUCCUGCCCCCGCACCUGCAGGCGGGCUUGUGGCCUUCGCUCCCCCUCCUGCACCACCAGCUGUCUCUCCGCGCCCUCAACAAGUCGCCGGAGCCCCCGCGGUUCCACGGCCCCAUGAAGGUCACGCUCCGGAAGCACAAGCCCAACCGGAAGCCGCGCACGCCCUUCACCACGCAGCAGCUCCUGUCGCUCGAGAAGAAGUUCCGCGAGAAGCAGUACCUGAGCAUCGCCGAGCGCGCCGAGUUCUCCGCCUCGCUCAACCUGACGGAGACGCAGGUCAAGAUCUGGUUCCAGAACCGCCGCGCCAAGGACAAGCGCCUCAAGGAGUCCGAGAUGGAGCGCCUCCGCCUGGCGUCGGAGCCCUUCGUCCCGCCCAACCCCUUCCUGCCGCCCGCCUCCCUGCUGCCGCCCUUCCUGCUCAACAGCCCCUUCGUGCAGGGGCUGCGGCACCCCUCGGCCCGCCGCGGCGCCGCCACCCACCACCUCCCCGCCCACGUCGCACUAACGCCUGCAGGUCUGUCCUUCCCUCUGCGCCCACAUCCAGGCACUCCUUGCCACCACCCUCCGCCGCCACGCCCUCCCGGGCCGCCUCCGUACAGACCUUUCGCCCUCGUGUCCCUCCCCUGCCCCCGCCCCCCUCGCCCUUUCCUCCCUUCUCUUAGCCCUUCCUGCCUCCUCGCCCUGACUCCCUCCCUCCGCCCUCCCUUGAGCCCUUCCCUGCGCCCUCGCACCAGUGUCAGGGCUCCUGGCGAUUCCCUUCACAGCUAGUCACACUUAGUCGUCAGGAACCCUAACCCCCUUCCCUCCCCGCCCCCUCUGCCCUUCUCCCCUCUUCCCCUCCUUCCACCCUUUCCCCUUCGACAUGCACCUUCCCUUCCCCUCUCCCUCCCCUCGACCCAGUGCAUGUUAGGUUCUGUAGAUAUUUCAAAAACGGAAACUUUAGCGUCUUAGUUCCGGUUAAAAUAAAUUAUUCAGGUUUAGAUUUUCAUCAUUUUCAUGUUUUUUUCUCUCUCUCUUUUCAUCUCAUUUCAAAGUCUACAUUUCAUUGGAAAUACGGAAUAUGGAACAGUGUAAUUUGAAGUGAAAAGGGAAUUUAAUUCCGCUUUCAAUAUAUAUGUUCCUGAUCAAUAACCGUAUUAAAACAAAACCCACUGAGAAAAAAAAAAUCAUAUAAACCUAUCAUAUUGCUUUUCAGUUUUAUAUAAAAGCCUCAAAAAACAAAUAAUGGGUUAACUCUCCAAAAAGAAAUAGCAAAAGUAUUUUAACACAUUUUAACACUCCCAAUAUGAGAAUUAUAUUUCAGUUGGUCUCAUGCAGUGAAUUACACAGUCUUUCAUAAACCUUUGUAAACGCGCAAGUAAUUUUCUUUCACUAAAAAAAAAUCUAUAUUGAAAUAAAUUAUGCCAUUAAUUUAAUCACCCCCUUAUCGCUAUACAAUAGGCCUUCUUUUAUCAUUUUGUUUCCUGUGUAUAUAGAUAUACAUAAAUAUAUAUAUAUAUAUGAGUCUUCACGCACAUUAACUUCUCUUUAUAAUUGUUGACUUUUUCCCAUCUUUCGAAUGUUUUGUGUAUGUAAAUAUUGUAUAUUGAGCGAUUGUACCGUAAGCUGAGAAUGCUUGCCAAAGAGCAUAAUAUCCAUUGUAUUGUUU